AUGCCGUUCAGCGCCGAGGCCAUUAAGCCGCCCCUUCAUGACCAAAUAACAGAACUGCAGAGGAAAAUUCAACUUCUUGAGGGCGACAGAAGUGCAUACUAUGAAAUGUCUCAGUCAAGCAUCAAGAAAAACAGGAAUUCUAUCCUUCAGCUGAGGCAGGAGAACAAGAGACUACACAAGAAGUUGGCAAACGCUCUUGCUGGGGACGAGCAGGUGAUAAAGGAGGCCUUCCAAAGCCGAGGCAUGGAGAAAGCUGCCUUCAGAAACAUGUCAGGGAAGGCUGCUCUCAAGGUGCUGGACCAGAAGGUGUGUGACAAGAUGAAGAAGCUGAACGCUCUAAAGCACACCACCCAGACGUACCGUCGUCGCCUGGAGGACCUAAAGACACUGUACCAGAGUAUGAAGCUAGAGAACAGGGGACCAGAGAGAGACACGGAGAGACUCAACGAGGAGGCCAAGAACUUGCGGGUGCUGGAGAAUCGUCUGGAGAAAGCCCAGCUGAAGUGCCAGGAGGCUGAACACAUCAUGAGGGGCUAUCUGAAACUAAAGGCACACCUACAGGAGGAGAGCCUGACCUUCCAGUCCCAGCUGGAUAAACUAGAGGCUGAGAUCCUGAGACAGAGACAGGAGCUGAAGGACCUGCAGGUCAUGAACAGUGACGCACUCCUCUCCAAAGACACUGCCAAGGCAGAGCUGCAGCGUCAAGAAGAACAGAUGUACAGGGAGAGGAAGGACAGAGAGUGUAUCCUCACCCGUUACAAGAAAGAGGCAGAGGACCGUAAGGCCCAGGCUGAGAGAGUGGAGAGAAGGGCCCAGCGGGCAGCCUUGCAGCCUGACGAGCUGAGUAGCGACGCCCAGCGCAGUGCCACCGGGCUGGGGGAGGAGGAGAGGGCCAUCUCUACCUUCGAAGAGGCCUUCAGACGCAUCAAGGAGGCCACGGGGGUCACUGACACACGGGAGGUGGUGGAGAGGUUCAUCUCCCAGGGAGACACCCAGCAGCACCUGGAGGAUCUGAAGAAGGAGAACCAGAGAACCCUGCUACAGCUGAAGGAGGACAGGGACCGUCUGCAGCAACACUUCCAGGACAUCAAGUACUCCGGGGAGACCAAGCUCUCUAGUGGUCAGCAGAUGCUGGAGGACUGUAAGCGCCACCUGCAGGCGGAGCAGGGGAGGCGCGACGCCGCCAAGGAGCGUCUGGACUGGCUGACCCGUACCCUGAACACGGUCCGGGCCGGGGUGGAACACCUAUCUGACAAACUGCAGCACAUCAAGCUGGGUGAGGGCCUGGAGCCCCAGCUGCCCCCCGGCUCAGAGGAGUACGUGGUGGAGCUGCUGUCCCAGUCAGAGCAGAAGCUGCUGUUACUGCAGGAGGAGCUCCAGGGGAAGGACCUGGCCGCCGCCAUGAAGGAGAUGGAGGAAGAGGAGUUCCAUGCCAGCAUCGAGGGGAAACUGCCCCAUUGCAACACCCGCAUCAAGCUGCCUGAGGCUCAGAGACAGGACCCAUAUGAUGAAGAGGAGGAGAGCGGGGACGAUGAGGGUGACAUUAUCACCAGGGCGAUACUGAAGCACCAGUCUCAGCUCAUCAUCGACUCCAAGACUAAGAGGAAGACCAGGACCAAGAAGAAAAAGGGCAAGCUCUGAUCCUAGAUGAGUUAGGCUGGCUAGAUGUCACAAGAGCCAUAGAAAUAUAAUUGCUAGAAUGGGCAUGUCAGCUUUGGUAAUUAUAUUUCUAUGACGAGAGCAGCCAUGAGUUUGUGUUUAGUGUGAGGUCAUAGGUCAUAUUUGUGCCCUGAAUUAAGUGAAAAUACCUUUGCUUAGAUGGCAUAGGGGACUUGAGUGAAAUCUUACUCCUCACAUAUAAUUAUUCAGUUAGCUAAAUAAUUAUUUCCUUAUUAACUAAUGGAAUGCACAGUAAAUGUAUAUUUGGGAUGAUACUGUAGCUAGGGGAACGUGGUGGUGGCAGAUCAUACCUUGCAGUCAUCACAUUAGCUACUUUAUGGAUGCAAGACUUGAUUUUAUCACAAAGCAGUUCAACACAAAAUAAUUGAUUUCUCACUAUCACCACUGAUUUGUAUAUUAUAAAAUUGUAAUCAAAAUAGGAAUGAAAAUCAAUAAAAAGCUUGAUUUGAAGAAUUACUCAAUCUUUUGAUAGGUAAGAUCGCUCUAAUGCAGGGGUGUCAAACACACAGCCCGUGGGACAUUUUCUUUUGUAUAAUAUAUUUUUUUUUUAAUCUGCAUUGAAAUGACUUAAAUAUUGAAACUGUGUAGAAAUCAGGGCUUGACAUGAACCUUUUUAGCCUUUGGACAAGUAGGACAGAUGUUUUACUUGUUUACUGAAGUCACUUGUCCCCCCCAAAAAAGGUAUGUAACACAGGCCAAAAGGGUGACUGAAAAUGAGUGAAGUACACAUAUCCAUGGGAAUUAGGGGUGCUGAGGGUGCAGCAGCACCCCCUAAUAAAUCACAAUUAGUGAUUAAAUUAGUGCACUAGGCCUUUAUUACUCCUGUAUGAUUACUCCUGUAUGAUUACUGCUGUAUGAUUACUCCUGUAUGAUUACGGCUGCAUGAUUACGGCUGUAUGAUUACGGCUGUAUGAUUACUGCUGUAUGAUUACUGCUGUAUGAUUACUGCUGUAUGAUUACUCCUGUAUGAUUACUCCUGUAUGAUUACUCCUGUAUGAUUACUGCUGUAUGACCCUGUGUGUGCGGAAGUGUGCAGAUGGAGCAGUGACACAGUCAAGGAUCGCUGGCUGUGGGUCUUGUGAUGGGUUGUCAAUCAUCAUGGACUGCAGAGCAACUCUGCUCUCCUCACAACUGGAUAACUACACACUGAUUCACAUCUAGGCUACUUACUAUAUGCCAGUAUGUGUUGUAGGUAGGUUUCACAUUGCUAGAAUAACAUGGAAAUAGGUCUAGGCCAGCUACGCAUCAUUUCUUUCACAAGCUUUCCUCAGCUGAAGCCUAAGUUUUCUUUUGACUCCUCAUUAUAUUUGUCCAUCUUUGUAUUGCUCAAUUUGAGU